GGGAAAUCUAGGAGGCUAUGAUCGUACACGUUUAUUAGUAGUGACGUCACAGAUCACCGUGACGUUUUUAAGCCAGGCACAAGCCGUGUGGCCAGCCGCUCGGUCCGAUGGGCAGCGGGUCCGAGUGAGUCUGUGCGUAGAUGUUCUCUGGUCGGUGAAAUUUGUCCGUAGUGAGUGUGAUUGUGGCGUCGCAGUGGUUUCGUAAUGGCAAGCAAGUCGGAGCGGGAGAGACAGAAGCACAUACAGGACAAGUGUCAGGCCAUAUUGGGCCAACUUCUUCGGGAAGAGGACAACAAAUACUGCGUUGACUGCGACGCUAAAGGUCCACGAUGGGCAUCUUGGAACCUGGGUAUGUUCCUUUGUAUCCGUUGUGCGGGUAUACAUCGCAACCUUGGUGUCCACAUAUCGCGGGUCAAGUCUGUCAACCUGGACACCUGGACUCCUGAGCAAGUGGCUUGCCUUCAGCAAAUGGGCAACAGCAAGGGAAGAGCAGUGUAUGAAGCUAACCUACCGGACAACUUUAGGCGUCCUCAGACAGACUCGUCCUUGGAGGCCUUUAUCCGUUCAAAGUACGAGCAGAAGAAGUACAUAGCCAAAGAGUGGGUGCCACCUCCCAUGCCACCUCCUGCU